UAGAGCAAACACGGUAAUCCUCUGAAUCAAAUCAAGCAGAUUCCAUCUAUAUUUCCAUACCCAUUAAGCUGUACAGAUUUCCUACUCAGAACUUUUUAUUCUCUCUCGUGCUCUCUCGGGUCUCGACUUCAGGGUUUAUCUUCCUUCCAAGUUUUUGGAUUAGCAGAGGUGAAAAAUGGAAGCUGGGGCAGCGACAGUCGUCCGAUCCCAAUUCGGCAGCUCAAUACCGUCAACUUCUAUUGGCAGAUCGGGUAUUUUGACUGCGAACGGGCCCAAUUUUGUGCGUUUCGGUACCAAGUUUCAGCCCGCUGUUAAGCAUUGCACUUCAAUUUCUCAACCAAAGUUGGGACACAGGAGAGUGGUUUGUAGAAGUAGGAGAGGUUUGGUGGUUCGGGCAUCAUUGUCCUCGGACUCAGCAGGGUCCACUGAGCCAAUUGCUCCACUUCAGCUUGAAUCUCCAAUUGGGCAGUUUCUGUCACAGAUUCUGGUAAGCCACCCACAUCUUGUGCCUGCUGCGGUUGAGCAGCAGCUUGAACAGCUUCAAACUGAUCGUGAUGCUGAAACAAAGAAAGAAGAGCCUCCUGCUUCGGGGACUGACUUAAUUCUUUACAGGAGAAUCGCUGAGGUUAAGGCUAAUGAAAGGAGAGAGGCUUUGGAAGAAAUUUUAUAUGCACUGGUAGUGCAGAAGUUCAUGGAUGCCAAUGUUUCUUUGAUACCCACCAUUGCCCCCUCUUCCUCAGAUCCCUCUAGCCAAGUGGAUGUAUGGGCAAGUGAAGAUGAGAAACUCGAGCACCUUCACUCUCCUGAAGCCUAUGAGAUGAUCCAGAACCACUUAACUCUGAUUCUGGGGAACCGUAUAGCUGAUUUAACUGCUGUAGCCCAGAUAAGCAAACUCAGGGUUGGGCAGGUCUAUGCAGCAUCUGUGAUGUAUGGAUACUUCCUCAAGCGGGUUGACCAGAGGUUUCAGCUUGAGAAGACGAUGAAAAUCCUUCCAAAUGCUUCUGACGAAGUAGAGAGUGAUAUUCAGACAUCUGCUGGUGGGAACAUGAGAACCGGUGGUGAUGAUGUCACUUUCCAAGCUAGAGCAUCCCAUCCUGAGGUCUCUUCCUGGUCUGGUGGCAUCAGUCCUGGGGGGUUUGGUCAUGGGAUAAAGGCUUCCCGACUGAGAACUUACGUAAUGUCUUUUGAUGGGGAGACACUUCAGACAUAUGCCACAAUAAGAUCGAAAGAGGCUGUUAGCAUCAUAGAGAAGCACACAGAGGCAUUGUUUGGAAGGCCUGAAAUUGUUAUAACACCUCAGGGGACAGUGGAUUCUUCUAAGGAUGAACAAAUCAGGAUUAGCUUUGGUGGUUUGAAGAGAUUGGUCUUGGAGGCAGUGACUUUUGGUUCUUUUCUCUGGGAUGUUGAGAGCUACGUGGAUUCUAGGCUCUUAGCAGUGUAGAUCUUGGCGAAUGACUUCUCAAAUGCAGGGUCAUCUAUGCUGAACCAAGUGGGGAAGCAAAGAGGCGAAAAAAGAAAGAAAGAAAGAAAAAGGCUCAUCUCAUAACAAUUAGACGUCAAAAAAACUAUUAAACAAACCUGAUAAGCAACAUCAGAUUGAUUGUAAUGUCCCCUUCUUCCCCAGUCUCCAAUCACCAAAAAGCUAAGCGAGCCGUCGGCUUUAACCGGGUGUUCGAGCCGCUGAAGCUCAGCUGUUAUGGGAAGAAAGCAAGCACAGAAGAAAGCCACCAGGAGAAAACUAAUAGACAUGGCAUAGUCCCAAAAACCAGCCAUGAAAUGAAAUCCAAGCAAACAAGAGAGCUCGAGUUGUAAUUCAAAUGGACUUUCAGCAUGCUCUUUUAUAGGCUAAUAAGCUAAUAUUCCAUGGACACAAAGAAGAGGGCGGCAAUAAUUUUAAUGUACAAAAUGACAAACAUAUAAUUAUAUU